GAAGGGAGAUAAUUAUGCCUAGUGAUCUUAAUUGGAUGUAAACAAGUGUAUUAUUUCCCCACAAAAUGUCAAAUUAAUGAUGCCAGCUACGAUAGCCCCCAUUGAGUUGACUAGAGCAUACUCUGUGAAGGCCGCCAAGGGGUUACGGUAUGGCAACUUUGAAGGUGUGGUCCACCUGCCUCCUGUAACUGUAAGUCAGAGUUUAGGUGAACACAGUUUCUCCCAGCUCAACAACCAGCAAAUAUAUAAGACUAUUUGUGAUUGGUUCCAGGCAUGGCAGCCAUGGCAACAGGAUCUUCUGCUCUGUGGGAUUGCAAAUAGGUGUUCACCUCGGCAGUUAGACAUAUUGGCAACCACUUUGGAGCCUCUCCGGCAUCGUGACUAUUCCACUGUUUGUAAAAAACAGUAUUCUUCAGAUUCGUUCAAGAAAGGUGUACUUCCUAAAACCAUCCCACUGAAAACCCUAGCAUGUAGACGAUCAGACGUAGAUACUUUGUGGGAGGGACAGAUAGAUCUUAAAUCUGGAAGUGGACACUUUGGAACCAGUGGAAGCCACAUAAGCAUCAAUCAAGCUUCUAGCAAAUCCAGAUCUGGGUUAUUAAGAAAGAAACAAUGCCUACCAUCUAGAGAUUAUUCUGGUAAACCUGCUGGUACUAAUAUGUUUGCUAGCAAACCAAGAUCUGACGAAAACAAAGAAUCGUUCUUAGUUGUGAGUGAUUCUCUUGACAAACCUAAAUCUAGUGGAAGCAGGAAGACUUUAACUGUUGAUGGUGCUGAUGGAAAACCUAAGUCUGAGAAAGAAAGGUAUGUGUCAUCUGCAUUGGAAACAAAGCAAGAAGUAAAAGAAAACAUACCACCUUCAACUAUUGAUGAAUAUUCAAACAGUCUGGCUUUGGAUAUCAUCCAAUCUGCUAUUCAGACAAUUGUUGUGGCUCAUGUGUAUGAUAAAGCUCAAACUCAGACGUUGAGAGAAAAUACUGCUGCAGAGAAUGUACAAACUGACAAAAAGACAAGAAAGCCUAAACGGAGUACUGCUUCCAGAUCGGGGGUGUCCAUCCCUUGCUCCAAGACUAACAUCUCCUCUUCCAAAAGCCACCAGAAGACAGAAAAGAGUCGGGCAUCCACAGCCACGAUGUCUGCGUCUUUCCUGGGUGGCAUGUUGGAGCUGAAGUCCGAGUCAUCCAAGGGUUUACUGAGUGGACUUAACAGUGCUUCCAGUCAGUUCCGUCACAGUGCCUUCAACUCAUCCACUGUCAGCACCGCGGGUUUCUUCUCUCCUCACAAACUGGAGAGAUUUGGCUCUCCACUGCGUGAAAUGCGUCACAGUUCAGACUGCCACCCAGUAGGGUUAUCUGCCUUGCCCAUCACCCUAACGAAAACGUUCCAGCAUCGCAAGUGGUGGCGAGGUGCAUCACUGAGUGGGUCUCAACACGCCUUUAGGAAGCCAAACAAGAAAGAGUUGUCUUCCAACUUUCAGGACCAACUUGAACAUGUUUGGGAGUGGUUACACCAGUGGGAAGACUUUGAAAGAAUUGCCCUGCUCAAGGAGGUGGUCAAGAUUACCAGCCCCUGCAUUCUGGCAUCCCUAGUUUCACACAUCCAUCAGAAACUCCGAGAUCGAUUUGACAUCAAUAGAUUCCCUGAUAAACUUCUACUUUUUAUUUUGUCAUUUCUCACACCUGGAGACAUCAAUGUCGCAUCUCAGGUUUGCCGCAGAUGGCGAUUCCUCACCACCUCGGAUGAACUGUGGAUGCUCAAAUGUUUGGAAAUGGGUGAGAUGGAAGGUAUUCAGAACAUCCCGAAACUUGUUCUCGAUGCUGGCAAGUUUGACAGACUAGUGGACUGGAAACAAGCGUUUUAUGAACUACGAUAUCUCAUUCACACCAUGAAGGAGCGUCUGUCCAUACCCACAGAUAUUAAUAUAGAUGCUCUUUCCAUGUUUGAGGAUACCCCAGCACCUGUUGAAAUCACUGUCUCUGUCCCUGAAGAAAGUGAGAAAAGAAGAGCAAGCUGUCGUAUAACGGAACUCAAUCUACAGCGAGGCACAUUGUCGUACAUUCAGCUGGCCGAUGCAGAGAGUAAGAAGGAUGAACUGAAGACGUUGGCCGUGGAUGAGGUUGACAGGGCGAGCGACGAUGACGUUUCACUGGAUGAGGAUCUCAGUCAUCUGCUGGGUGAAUACGCCUUGAUGCAGGGAGCGGAGGAGUCCGAGUCACCAGAGAAGUAUUAUUACCGUCGCAGACGUAAAAUAUCUCAGAAGAAAGUAAUAAGUGCAGACAGCCCGGAGCAGAGCUUUGUAACGGAGAAAACAGACCAAGAAGAGUCUCCUCUGAAGGAGCUGAUCCGCAGUCGGCGACACCAGCAGCAUGAGGGGAUGGAGGAGGAGGAAGAGGAGGACAAAGCUCAGGAUAUCAGACCCAAGCUCGAGACAGCCAGCGACAUUCUGGGUAAGAUCGUUCCCUCAACAACCCUGGAAUGGGAGACAGGGGAGGAAGAGAGCACAGUUCCUGUGAGGCCAACGACAUUUGCGGGUGUAGUGAAAAGUGUGCUCCGUGUCAGGAAACUACAGGGUCAUAUGAAUGGAAUUGUUUGUCUGUGUUUUGACAAGAAGAGACUGAUAACCGGCGGAAUGGACCGGACGGUGCGUGUGUGGGAUAUCCGCAGUGGAACUAACAUACACAAGUUCUGUGGUCAUAAGGGUGGAAUCAGGUGUCUGCAGUUUGAUAAUGACAUUUUGGCAACCGGAUCCUGGGAUAUGUUAAUUGUGUUGUGGGAUAUGAGACAGUUCACCAAAGUUACUGCCCUGUUCGGUCACACUGGUUGCGUUUCCUGCUUGAAGAUCAACAGAAACUAUGUGGUGUCAGGUUCCCAUGACAGUACAAUCCGAGUGUGGUCAAGAAAGACUUACCUGUGCUGUCAGGUGAUAAAAGUACACACUGGAGCAGUCAGCUCACUGGUUCUGGAUGGAAACUGCAUUCUCAGUUCUUCUUGUGAUUUGACUUUGUGUAUGAGCAGUAUGGACACCGGACACUGUGUUCGGGUCUUCGAUGGAGUCCAGAAACCAAUUCUGUCACUGGUGAUUGCAAAUGAUCUUGUGAUUGGUGGAGACCAGACUGGUAGUAUCUAUUUUUGGAACAAAUCGACUGGCGAAUCAGAAGCGGCCAUCAGAGCCCAUGAUGCACCUGUGCAUAAAGUCUCCUACUGGAAGAGUCGAUUUUGGACUGCUUCAGGGGACAACACCGUGAAGGAGUGGGACCUGAUGACCUUGACCUGUGUGCGUGCCCUUCAGGGUCACAAGGGACCUGUCCGAGAUGUCAGAGUAUGUGAUGACCGUGUGGUUAGUUGCAGUGAUGAUGGUACAAUUCGGAUUUGGGAUUUUGAAAAAUCCAAGACAUCUUCAAAAAAAGCAAGAAGAUAAAAACCUUUUUCUUCUGAAUAUGUGUCAAAACUAAAAUGCUGAUGUGGUUUUAGGGUAAACCUGUGUAAACCUGUUUUUAAUUUUAUAAUAAAAGUAACAUUUAUUCAUCCAAACUUCAACAAAAUGUGAUUUUUGUGAAUGUAUUUUAUCUUUGUUAAAUGCUUUAUUCGAUAAAAUCUUUUAACAUACUGAUCCCUAAUAAUGAGACAGAUGUUUUAUUUAAGACAGAUAUUAAGUCUUACUCAUCCGGUUUCAUUGAUGUUCUGAUAUAAAUGAGAAUCUUGUUUUGUGUGUGAUUAGUUAAUAUUUGAAUAUCUAUCAUUGUGAGUAUACAUUACACAUGAAUACAAAUAACUAAAUGUGCAAAGAUCAACUUGUUUAUCUUUAAUAUUCUGUUAUAUAAUGGCACAACAAUGUAAAUUUAGUGGCCAAAAGAAAGAAAACACUUAGGUGAUAUUUCUUAUGUAAGUAUAAUUUAUUAGUAUUAUAGAGUACCUUAUUCUAACUGACCUACAUUUUGGACUAUUUUUGCCUUAUAAGUUUUACGAAAUUUCAUUUAUACAUGUAUUUCUUAAUAAGUACUUAAGUGAAAAGAGGGCUUUAUACAAGGAAACAUUUUCUUUCCACUGUUUUACCUGUUUUGUUUGUUUGUUUUUGAACAAAGAAAAAUAUUUUUAGUUAUAUACAAACUGAUAAGUUACUGAAAUAUAUGAAUGACUUGCACCAACUGUGAUAAGUUACUGAAAUAUAUGGGUAACCUGCACCAACUGUGAUUUAUAAGUAACUGAAAUAUACAUAACAUGGCAACAUAUACAAACUGUGAUAUAAGUUACUGCAAUACAUGCAUAACAUGCACAAUUUUUUUUUUUUUUUACAUUUGUUAUUUCAGGGUAAUGAAAACAAUAAUGUUUUUAUUUUAUUUUUUGUAACAUUCAUGAGUUGUUGUGGUGUCUUAUUUAUUAAUUAUUGUUGACAUAUAUUUGUGUGUGUAUUUGUUUAUUUAUUACUAUUUGUUUUUUGUGGGGGGUUUUGUGGUUUUUUGUUGUUGUUUUUUGUUCGGGGGUAUGUUUGUUUAAAUAUGUUUUUUGUUUCACACAGUCUUCAUUUAAAAGCAAGGUAACUUGUGUUCUUAUUAUUGAUGUUUAAUGAAGACCACAACUAAUUUACACUGGCAAGGUCACCAAGUGGGGUUGAUCGUAUGACUGCUGAAAUGACAUACAGGCAAUUUAAUUCAGUACUUAUUCAACCUCGCCGCCAUACACAUACUGAUAUUUACAGGCAGUGACACAGAUAAUUUCAAGUUCUUAAGUGUAAUGAUUUUUAUAUUUCUCAUCUUUAUUGCCAUCUUCCAAUCUUAUUUACAUUAUUAUUAUUUAAUCUUCGUGUGGUUCACAUUCGUUUUACUGUGCUCUGGCACUUUACAAUCUGGUUUAUGGUUUUAGUAUUUUCAUUAGUUUUUCGUUUUCUGAAUAUUAUUUAUUCGUAUGAAUGGGUCCAUAUUUUUUAUAUACCCUUUAGACAGAAUCUAAGUAAAAUGUGUCAUAAAUCACGUUCUUUGACAUACAGUGUAAGUUAACGUUUUAUCUUUUGCUUUGAAGCUAUAGAUAUUCGGUAUUUUGCGCAGAUUGCAGAAGCUAUUGACAUUGUUAGUUGUAGCAAAAAUUCUGCAGAAGCUAUUGGCAUUAGUUUUAGCUAAAAGCUGCAAAAGCUACUGGCAUUUGUUAGUUUUAGCAAAAAGUUGCAGAAGCUAUUGGCAUUUGUUAGUUUUAGCGAAAAGCUUUAUAAAAGACUACCGAAAAGCUUAAAAAUAUAUAUAAAUUCUAGAAGCAGAAGUGUCCAGAAGCAAAGGUAUUUUACAAGCAUUUAGAUGUAUGUUAAUAUUAUUUAAAUUAAAUUUAAUUAUACUGCGUUUUAGUAUAUUUUCUAUUUUAUUGUUUCUUAUUACGUUGUUAGUGAAUUGUGAUAAGCUAUUAAAAGUCAACUUUGAAGAA